AUGGACAGGACGGCCGUGGUGAAGGUCGGAGCCGCGGCCAGCGCGAGCGUCUGUGCCCUGUUCGGCGGCGUAGUUCUGGCCCAGUACAUCGUCGCCAAGAAGAAGCGAGCAGGCAAGAAAACUCGGAUAAUAGAGAUGAUGCCUCAGUUUGAGAAGGCGACGGUCCACAUGAGGGACCCCGAGAGGGUGGAGCAAAUCAUCUGUGGCCUCAUCAAAGGAGGAGCUUCCAAGCUGCAGAUCAUCACAGACUUCGACAUGACGUUAAGCAAGUUUGCUAUCAACGGCAAACGCUGUCCGACCUGUCACAAUAUCAUUGACAACUGCAAGCUGGUGACAGAGGAGUGCAGGCAGAAGCUGCUGCAGUUGAAGAACAAAUAUUACCCCAUCGAGAUCGACCCUCAACUCACCAUGGAGGAGAAGUACCCGUUCAUGGUGGAGUGGUAUUUUAAGUCUCACUCUCUGCUUGUGGAGCAGCGGAUAGAGAGAGACAAGCUGUCUGAGGUGGUGAGAGAGUCCGACGCUGCGCUCAGGGAAGGCUAUGAGCAGUUCUUUGACCGGCUGCAGCAGCACAACGUACCUGUAUUCAUCUUCUCCGCCGGCCUGGGCGACGUCCUGGAGGAAAUCAUCCGCCAAGCCGGAGUCUACCACCCCAACGUCAAGGUCGUCUCCAACUUCAUGGACUUCGAUGACAACGGCGUCCUGAGGGGUUUCAAGGGCGAGCUGAUCCACGUGUACAACAAACAUGACGGCGCCCUGCGCAACACGGAGUACUUCAAACAGCUGAAAGAGUACUGCAACAUCAUCCUGAUGGGCGACUCGCUGGGGGACCUCAGCAUGGCUGACGGAGUGCCCAACGUGGAGAACAUCCUCAAGAUCGGCUUCCUCAACGACAAGGUGGAAGAGCGACUGGACAAAUAUCUGGACUCUUAUGACAUCGUCCUGGUGAAGGACGAGACUCUGGAAGUGCCCAACGCCAUCCUGCAGAAGGUCCUAUAACUGCCUCCAGUCCACUCCUGUCCCCCCAUCAGACCCUUCCUGCCACGGGCCUGUCACACUUCUGGCACCAACUGAAACCCUAGUCUCUGGUCCAGAGCUGGUCCACUUGCUCUGGAUCCUGGAUCCCGUGCCCCCCCCCCCCACAACCCUGUAAAAACCUUUUUUAAAGACAUUUUACAUCCUCUAAAUGAACUGUUUUAAAAGUCCACACAGCAGCAUCCUCCUGUCUCUGGUGUGUUUUGUCCAUUUAAAUUGCUUCUGAUGUUGUUUUAUGAUAAAAGAAUUUCCACAAGUAAGAUAAAAAAACUCACCAGAUUUCAUUCUGUAAUUUAAUAAUAAUAACUUUAUUUAUUUAUAUAUAUGGCACAGAGGAAGUCCAUUUGUGCCAAUGUGAUGGAAAAAAGUCCUUUAAAUCAUAAUGAGUAACCCUCUCAGAAUAAUGACUUUGUAUCUCAAAAUGAAGUAAUUAUCAUUUUAAUUCAUUGCAUUAAGAUGCAAAGUCAUUAUUUGGACAUUAGAAUGACGUACCGGAUCUCUUCUGGAGUUCAUCACACUGGUGGAAGCGAACUUCCAUAUGCCAUUGUUAUUCAGAGGGUUAUUUUUGCAAUAGUAAUAUUUUUAAACCAUCAGCCAGCUGCCCGUGAUGAGGCCCAGGACGGGCACAGUGUUGUCUGUCCCAGCAUGCCACAGGUAGUGUGGGUGUGUGAGUCCACCUGCUCACGCUGUGAAACUGAGCCGUUUGUGUCAGACAUAAAACUGCUUUACAGCCUUUUGGAAGCCAUAGAAGUAGUUCAGUACAUUAAAAGACCUUGGAAAUGUAAUUAGAAAGUAGAAUUAAAGUGUGCAGCAGCAGUAUGAUGGGAAUGAUCAGAGGAAACGCACUUUAGGUUCUGGAGGAUCGACCUGUACGUGAACAAGUCGUCAUGACUUGUUCCUGCACAAAAAAAGUCACGUUUACACAACGUGCUCAUCAUAUCAGCACGGACGAAAAAGACUUUGAUGGCAAAUGGCCUUUUGAAUUUUUGAGCUUCUCUGCACAGCCGACUCAACAGUGGAGUGUUGUCCCUGCUGCUGUUUAAGGUUAAAUCGGCGUUAAGUGAGGAUGACCUCUGACAUAACUGGAGUUUAGUUCACUGUUUCAGUAACCGGAAGCAGACAAACUGCUGCCAGUGGCUCAGUAAAAACCCAGCAUGUUUAAUGUCAUCACGUUCUCAUUCUGUGGUUGAAACUGAGCACUACCUCUGAAAUAUUCACCCGUUUGUUGUUGUGGGAGGUUCAAAACUAAAAUGUCACCAUCUCCGUUUGUCACCACAUGUUGUGUUGAAUGUUUGUGUUUUAAAUGUGCUGCUCUCGCCUGCAUGUUGCCUUUUCUUAUGGAUACGUUUAUGUCAGAGGAAACAGAGACUUAAAAAAUAUAUAUCAGUUAAACGGGGAAUAAAUGUCAUACUGUAUAUGUGGGCGUUGCAUAGAAAUGUUCUAUUGUUUCACUGAAUUUGGAGCGACCUCCAAAAGCAUAGACCAGUGUGUUGUAUUUUUAUAAGCAGGUUGUUUUCUCUGUUCUUCGAUGGUGUGAUUUGAAAAUGCAAUAAAAUGCCAUCUUGUGAUUCACGACGGAUCACAGACCGGACAGAA